CCCCCCCUCCUUUUACAGGGGCCCAGGGCCGUAAGUUCUGAUGGUUCGAGAAUGGCAGCAUAUCGAAAUACAAGCGAAUAAAUAUGGAAAUCAAGCAAAUCCCAGAAAUAAGUGGCAAAUAGAGGUUCCAAUGCUAUGUACCUGCUCAAAUCGUUGUUGUGGUACUCCUUGUUGUUGGUUCGUAGCGGCCUUAGUAAAUUGCUGAGCUUGUGAAUCAAUCGACGGUUGGAACGGUUGUUGUUGCUGUUGUGGUUGACCGAUUUUUGCUGGUGGAGGGAUUUCCGGGCGUUGUAGUGGAAGGUGCAGUUGUGGGAGUCCAUUUUGCUGUUGUGGGAACAGCUGAUGUUGUUGGGAUCCCUGUUGUUGUUGUUGGGAGAAGUGCUGAUGUGGGAGUUCAUGCUGCUGCAAAGCUCCUUGUUGCUGUUGGAACUGCUGCCCCUGUUGCUGUACUUGUUGGUGAUGUGGGAAUGGCUGUUGGAAUGGUUGUUGAGGAAGCUGCGUCUGACUAGGUUGAACUUGCUGCCCUUGAGUUUGACCCUGCUGAGUGAACUGGUGCUGACCAAAGGGAUGUUGGUAUUGAGCUGGCGCCACUUGUUGUUGUACAAAUUGCUGCUGUCCGAAUUGCUGUUGCUGCUGUGGCUGUACCUGUGGUUGUUGAACUUGCCCGAACUGUUGGAAUUGUUGGAAUUGCUGCUGUUGACCGAACUGCGGCUGCUCUGAGUGGCCAUACUGCUGUUGUGGCUGGCCAGAUGGUUGGAAGAGAUGUGAGUGGAUGGUCGGAUGAGGUGGGAAGGUAAACUGUGAGUGCGCUGGUGAUGCAGGCAGUGCAGAAGUCUGUGGAAGCUGUGAUUGAGCUGCAAACUGCUGCUGUGGCUGUGGCUCUGGUUGGGGAAUCUGACUGCCCUGAGGCUGUGGAAUUUGUGGGAUUGUCUGAGAUCCAAAUGGUAGAAGGCUAGACUCUGUGUGAGGCUGCGGAAGUUGAGGUGGGGUUUGUGAGCCAAAUGGCUGAGCAGAUUGUCCGGUCUCGGUUUGUUGUGGGAGAAGAGUAGGAGCCUGAGAGCCAAAAGGCAGAGACGGAGAAUAGGGUGGAAACGUUGGAUGUGUGGGGAAAGUAAAUGGCGCAAAGGUGGGAUGAGUAGGGAAUGUGAAUGGCGCUAUCGUAGGAUGUGUUGGC